CACACAUAGCACCAACACUUGAGGUGCUGCGAGAGCAAACACAGAGAAAGAAGCAGAGAGAGCACAGUAAAUCAGAGACAUAGAGAGAAGGAGAAGAAAACCAAUCAAAGUUCAGCGCAGCGCGGGACUUGACGAAUGCUCAUCCAGCUGGCUUAAGGUUGUCCUCACUCACUCUGCAAACAAGUGUCUGUGCAUAAUGGAUUUCAUUUUGGUCAGCAGACAUCGAGCAGGAGCAGCAGCAGCAGCAGCAGCAGCUCUGUAGACUACUAUGGAUUAUUUCAGAGACUGGUGCUUUUGUGAUGAAUGGAAAUGACAGCAUGCAGAAAAGAAAAUGAACUUUGAAUCUCUGGAAAGUUCGAUCCAGAACCUGCUGUCGGUGCUGUACCCACCCUUCGAGGCCACCGCCCCCACUCUUCUCAGCCAGCUUUUCCACAUCAUUGACAGUCGUUAUCACGGAGAUGCCCUGCGAUGCCUUCUGGACUUUUUGGUCCCAGCCAAGCACAUCUUAGACACCGUGCAGCAGGCUGCAUGUGCUCAGUACUCUGAGGUGCUUUUCCUAUGUGAGGGCUGGCCUCUGUGUUUGCAUGACCAAGUUGUCGUCCACCUCGCUCCUAUCAACCCCCUGCUACUUCAGCCUGGCGACUUUUAUCUCCAGGUGGCACCAUUCUGUGACCAAUCAGCUCGCAUCGUAGUCUGCAGCCUCCUGGAAGAGGAGGGGCUUUUAGUAGAAGUAGUGGAGGAGACCCCUAUCCCUGAAACUUCCUAUCCUUGUAUAUUCAGCCGUGACUGGUUAGAGGAGAUCAACCAGGGCCGCCAUGGAACGCCUCUCAGCCAAUGCCUGCUCGCCACCGAGCAGGGCGUGGUGAGGUUACCAUGGGAACGGGUGGCCCUGCCUGAGUUUGUGGACGUGCGGCUGCGUGCUGGGAGUAGUAUGGCCUCUGCUCCUCCAUCAAAUCCUCCUUUACCACUUCCGCUUUGUCAUUCUCCACCUCCUAAUUUUCCUGAGAAUUCUGCAUCAAAUUGUUCAUUUCCUCUUUAUCCUUCAAAGGAAUCUGCACCAAAACAGUAUCCUGUAACCAUUCAAAAUUCAAUUUUGACAUCUGCUUCACAACGCUCUGCCUUCACCGUGGAGACCAGAAUAUGUCCGGCAAGGCACGGCAUUGCUGUGUCACUCUGCCUGGUGGAUACUGGCGCUGCUUCUUCAUCUAGGCUGGUCAAAGUGAAAGAGACUGAAACUGAGCCUAAGCCUAUUGGCUGGGUGUCCCCUAAUACGUGGGACAGCUCCUUUACUGGGACAGAUCCAAAUACAGCUACAGAAACUCACACUGCUUCAGGUACAUGCACCCCAGCAAGGGGAGAUAUAACUACGUACAAAGGUGAAGAUAAGGGUGUAAUUGUGUCUGAAAAUAUAGGUCCACAUAAACAUAAAGAUCCAAACAACAAAGAUAUAUGCAGGAGAGGACCAGCAGGCCACACUGUUGCAGAAGGAGAAUAUAUUGAUAUUCUUCAAGCAACUAUGCUUUUUAGUAGAGCUCAGUCAGCAACUGAAGAACAGCAGAAAUUAGAAGUGCAAAUGCAAUCGCACACACAAAUUGAACCACAAAUCCAAAGACAUCCACAAAGACGAGCACAAAUGCAACCGCAUGCAGAAAUGGAGUCAUACAGGCAACCACAGAGACAGGCAAACACACAGAUACCACCUCAAGCAAAGUCACAAGCACAUGUGCAGUCACCUACAAAACCACAAAGUCAUUCUAGAUCAGAGGCUGCUGUGUCAUUAAGGCCCAACAUGUCUGCAGAAACAGCUCUCCGCCAUUCCCAAUCCUAUCACCCUCACCCUGACUUUCUUGAACCUUCUCAGUGUGUGCGCACUGUCCAGUUCUCAGAGAAACCCUGUACCCCGUGCAUGAGGAGAAGACAAGGCGGAAAGGCUUCCAGAGCUCAGGAGCUUAGGUGUCGAUACAGAGACUCCUACCAGGCUGCUAUACAAAACCCUGUCACCUUUGGAAAGGAGAAGGAGAGCGGGAAUAUGUUAGCUGUGUUGGAGGAGGAUGGUGAUUUCUCACAGUGCGAUGACAGACUACCAGGGGCUGAAACAGGGGAUCCAUGGUGUAAUGUUCAAGGAAUGUGGUUUGAUUCAGGGAUGCAACACCAGUCUCCUUCCUCUGUCAGUGGAGCCAUCUGUAAGGAGUCAGGAGAAAGGAACACUGUUCCAUAUGGGAAAACAGGAGAUACCAACACUGCCCCCUGCAUGGAUUAUGGGGGAAACAAUGUUUUUAAAAUUGGUGCGCUACCAGAACAAACAGCUGAAAGGAGCACUUUGCCAUUUAGGGAACCAAGAGAUGCGUACUCUGCCAAAACUUGUGGCAAUUUACACAGUGUAAAUGGGACAGAUAUAGCAGUAGGAACAAGGAUGAACAAUAAUAGAGCUUUGUCAAGUUUAAAUGAUCAGUCAGAUGUCAUCUCUACCGAACACUGUGGAUUACAGUUUCCUUCCACUGAAAUUUCAUCAAUGACCCUCAAGCCUCGUGAAGGGCUACAUAGCAAAAAUAAUUCCACGGGAGCAAAUCCAAACUUUCCUAUGUCUCAUUCAGCGCCACAGAACAGACGGGAGUCCAUGUCAGAUGGAAGAUGUUCAUCCCUCUCCACAGCUGUGGUGGACACCUCAGAGAAGUGUGCGCUGGUCAUUGUUGAAGGUCAAAAUGUCAGGAGAAGAGAAAAUACUGGCUCCUGUGCAGAGAUUCCCCAGCUGCAUGUGGUCAAAUGCAAAAACAGCACAGCCUUUGGACUGGUUUCACCCAAGAUCAACAGGAGGAAGAUGGCCAUUCCAGAUGCUGCUCAGCCUGGCACUACGUUCAUAACCAGUAGAAAUGGCCAUCAGACGAAGAACCCGUUACAGACAGAUCAACCUCCAACAACAGAGACACAGAAGAUCUCCCAGCAUGUCUCUACCCGUCCCAGACCUGACCACCUUCCCCUGGGAUCCCCAGACCCCAAAGCCCACCCCCUCUACUUAGGAGUGGCGUCUCUCACAGGUGGCAGAGACAGGACAGGCCGGGCAAUAGUUGAGCUCUAUGGACACCACCAGGGAUGGAGAUCAUCUGUAACAAGCCAGGAGCUCUUCCAGAUGCUGCUCUACUUCCGUACUAUCACCAGGAGAGAAAUCAGAGAAGCGGGGAUGACUCUCAUUUUUGAUUCGAGGAAGGCAAAUCCUCAACCGCAGCUCUAUAAAGCCUUGAUGACGCUUCAGGAACAGACUCCCCAGGCAGUACACAGUUUUGUUCUGCUGGUGGACAAGGAGAGUAGCCUUCACCCAGAGAGGUGUCCCGGAAUCCAGACUGAAGUGGCAACAUCGAUGAAAGCCUUGUUCAAGCUGGCCGAGGUGAGUCAGCUGAGUGUCCGCCUGGAUGGCACGCUGUCUCACAGCCACUGUGACUGGCUAGACCUGCACCAGAAACUCUUCCCAUUUGUGUCUGAUCUUCAUGAGGCAUCCAGCCUUCUUCUGAGAGCCAUUAGUGAGUUAGAAGAGCCCCAGAGGACAGACACAGUACAGACUGUGCAGCAGUGCAUGAUGGACCAGCGGACUCUGAUGAGGAAUGUAUUGGAGGACAGCCGAUUGGUCAGCCUGCAGAGGGAGGGCGGGGCCAUCUUGGCGAGGCUGAGGAAGGAGAGUGACCUCAGAUACCCCCACUGCGAGGACCUCAGUGACGCAGUAGACUCGGUGAGCAGCCUGUACAAUCACGUGGAGGAGCAGGCUCACAUCCUCGUGCAGAGGUCCAACAUGUCACUGGAACACCUGGAGUAUCUGCUGGAACUCAGAGAGGUGGAGGGACACUUCCUGCAGAUGCUACAAUGGUUUAAUGUAGAAGGAGAGCACCACCUGCUGGAAGCUGAAUCAGUUGAGGACUCUGGGGACCGAAUGGAGCAGAUCCUCAACAACUUCACUCGUUUCCUUAUUGAAGCUAAUGACCGACGGCACCAUGCCAUGACGCUAGUGUCAGAAGCAGAGCGACUCCAGCAGAUUGGGCUCUCCUUCCCAGAGACGGAGGCAUUUGGGACUCUAGUCUGCACCUUCAAAUCAGGCCUGGAGGACUUUCUGUGCAGGGCAGAGGCAUGCGGCAGGUCGCUGCAGAUCAUGGUCAACGUGUGUGAUUUUUGUGAGCAGGCUACAGCUCUGGCCAGCGAAUGCAUUGAGUACCUGGACCAGAUUCAAUCCAAAAUCCACACAGUGCAAGACCAUGACCAGACUACAACACCUGUCAAUCCCACUCAGCCAAUGCAACACCAAAACCAAGACUCUGGGCCAAGCGGUGUGUCCCUUUGCCCAUUUGAUGUCCACGCACCACAUGCUACAAAUGUUUUACUGUCAAGCAAUGACAACUCCAUCCUCCAGAAUUUCCAAGACAGGUUACUCCAGUUCAGCCCAGAGAGAUUUCAGGAGGUGAAGACCCAGGCCAGUGUCCUACAGGGCUCCAGGGGGAUGCAGGUCUGGAACGUAGCCUGGCUGAGAUGCCAGGAGGCCAGGCAGCAGCUUCAGGAGAGGAUGCAGGAUGUGGAGGUUUACCAUCAACAACUAGACUCUACCAGCUGGUGUGAACCUCAUUAUGUUGAUGUGGUAAGCACUAACAUUCAGACACCGUCCCCCGGUGGCCAGAGUCUGGUGGUACAAUCAACACCCGGGCCUCUGCACCCACAGUGGGAGGGCAUUGUGUCGAGAGCGGUGGAUUUAGGAAAGAGAAGGUCGAUCCUGGGCAGCAAUGACACUAACUCAACAACUGUAGCCUGCUGUAACAUCAAACCUGAGGAUCACAAUGAUGCUGGAACCAGCCAGGGGUCAAAGGUCACUCCACAUUCACCUCACAGGUCAGCAAGGAGAACAGAAAGAGAGACAAGGAGGAGACAGACAAGCAGAGUGAGGAGUGAGAGAGAUGCCGCUGCUCUGUCUCAGUCCCACAAUGUUGGCUGCCAGUGGUUUUCAUGGGGACGAGGUCUUGGAGUGAGGUCGGUGAGUCAGGACUCGUGCACCACUGGAGUAGCGACGGCGGGGUCACUCACUCCUCCAGAGCAACGAGUUCGACCCCCAUCAUCUUGCUCCCACCACGGUCAGCCGUCUUGUCGGAUUCUCCAGGAGGCUCAGAAGUUCCAGAUCUCCCGCCACGGGAGCUUCUGCUCAGAAGACUCCUGUAUGAGCGACCGGGGAGCUGUAGGGGGUAACAGGACUUUUAGCUGCAAACACUCGAGCCUCCCCAUUGGGAGAUAUGAGGGGGCCUUUUGUUUGGCAGAUCCACAGGAGAGUGCCAGCAAUGCCCUGAGGCUGCAGCGUGUCCUGGAGGAGCUGGUGUUUACAGAGAGAGAGUAUGUCCGCUCACUGGGCUACAUCCUGACCCACUACCUCCCCCUGAUGGACAAACCAGACAUCCCACAGGACCUCAGGGGCAAGAGAGGUGUCAUCUUCGGCAAUCUGGAGAAGCUUUACGACUUUCACAGCCACUACUUCUUGCCUGAGCUGGAGGCCUGCCAGAGGGAGCCCGCCAUGGUGGCGCGCUGCUUUCUCAGACAUAGUGAGAGUUUCGGCCUGUAUGCUCUGUACAGCAAGAACAAACCUCUGUCAGACGCCCUGAUCCUGCACCGUCGCCAUGACAUCUUCAAGAAGAAGCAGCAGGAGCUGGGGGACAUGAUGGACCUUUCAUCCUACCUGCUGAGGCCUAUCCAGAGGAUUAGCAAGUACAGCCUCCUUCUGCAAGACAUGCUGGCUCUGGCUGGCUCAUGCAGGCCAAAAGACAUGAUCCAGAAAACACUGCACACAUCAAGUGUGUGCGCGCAAAGUGUGUGUGGCCCGGGUUCAUUUGUGCCUGAUCUAACGACCAGUGAGAAGGAGCGGGAGAGGACUGAGAUCCAAGCUGCUGCAGACCUGGUUCGGUUUCAGAUGCGCCACGGCAAUGAUUUGCUCACCAUGGACGCCAUCCAGGAGUGUGAUGUAAAUUUAAAAGAGCAAGGCCAGCUCAUUCGCCAGGACGAGUUCACAGUUUUCUUUAGGAAGAAGAAAUGUGUUCGCCGCAUCUUUCUCUUUGAAGAUCUCAUCCUCUUCAGCAAGACCAAGAGGACAGAUAUUGGCAAUGAUGUUUAUGUCUACAAGCAAUCAUUCAAGACAAGUGACAUCGGGAUGACCCACAACUCAAGCGUGAGCAGCUUGUGCUUUGAGAUCUGGUUCCGCAGGAGAAAAAGUGAGGAUACCUACACCCUGAAGGCCUCCAGCAUGGAGCUGAAGAAAGCCUGGACCACUGACCUGGAGAAGAUUCUAUGGGAUCAGGCCGCUCACAGUCGAGAGCUGCGUAUGCAGGAGAGGGUUUUCAUGGGAAUGGCCCGCAAACCUUUCAUGGACAUUCAACCCAGUGAUGCUGCCAUCUGUGACCGAGCCGUGAACUGCGCUCUGCCCGGGAGAAUUCCUGUGGCCUGUUGUUCACACAGGAGCUUAGAAUACCCGCGACCACACUCCAUUGGCUCUGGCAGCACCGCCUCCACCACCCUCAGCCAAUCAUCUUCCUCCUCUGGCCGGGGCUCGCUGCCCCCUGCUGGUUUUCCUGGGAACCUGUCACAGGGGGUGGAGAACAGUCCUGCUGUCUGCUCCUCCCCUGAGGCUGUGACUGAAAAUGAACUUAACAAUCAGCGUCUUCAUUCUAACUGUGAACAAUGGAAAAGUCAUCCUCCACUGAUGGACAGCACUGAAUCAUCUGGAGAAUGCAUCAACCUCUAUAGCAGCUCAGACCGCAACUGCCUGUCUGCCAUUGGUGGAGAAGUAGUAAAAGACACCUCUGUGAAUGUAUCCCAAAGUUCGAAGUCUCGCCCACCACUUUGUCAGACCCCCAGUAUGAGGAGAGAUGGCUCACCAACAAUUAGCAGAAAGAAACCAAGUAUUGCCCCCAAACCUCCACAUCUGGCUAAUGCUCAGGGUGAUGACAUUAUAAUCGGAAGAUCAACAGAAGUUUAACCCUGAAUUCCCUGCUGGAGAUCAUCGGUCCCCUGAAGCUCUUCAGUCCUGUUGAAGAUCUUCUGGCCGCCCUGCAGACGGACAGUCUGAGUGAACAUAGUUAUUUUACAUGACUGCACAGUCACAAGGCAGUCAGCUACUUUACGUCUCGUCACAAGGUUUUGUUUGAAAUGAUUUAUUGAAGCAAUAAAUUGGUAUCAUGUGUGAGUCAUUAAAAUAUGGUUGUCAUACAGUAUAUCACAUGUAAAUGAUCAUGCAAGUAAGAAGAGGCGUGAGAGAUUUACACUUAUCUCUCACACACACGCACACGCACACACAC